GGGAUGCCCCGCGGCCGCCGCACUCGAGCCGGAGCGCAGCGCUGAGCCGCCGCCCGCACGCCAUGGAGCAGUGGCGGCAGUGCGGCCGCUGGCUGAUUGACUGCAAGGUCCUGCCGCCCAACCACCGGGUCGUGUGGCCCUCGGCUGUGGUCUUUGACCUGGCUCAGGCGCUGCGCGACGGGGUCCUGCUGUGCCAGCUGCUGCACAACCUGUCCCCCGGCUCCAUCGACCUUAAGGACAUCAACUUCCGGCCGCAGAUGUCCCAGUUCCUGUGUUUGAAGAACAUCCGCACCUUCCUCAAAGUCUGCCACGACAAGUUUGGCUUGAGGAACAGCGAGCUGUUCGACCCCUUUGACCUCUUCGAUGUUCGAGACUUCGGGAAGGUCAUCUCCGCGGUGUCCCGGCUCUCACUGCACAGCGUCGCGCAGAACAAAGGGAUCAGGCCUUUUCCCUCCGAGGAGACCGCGGAGAAUGAUGAGGAUGUCUACCGCAGCCUGGAGGAGCUGGCUGAUGAGCAUGACCUGGGCGAGGACAUCUACGACUGCGUCCCGUGCGAGGAGGACGGCGAUGACAUCUACGAGGACAUCAUCAAGGUGGAGGUGCAGCAGCCCAUGAAAAUGGGCAUGACGGAGGAUGACAAAAGGAGCUGCUGCCUGCUGGAGAUUCAGGAGACGGAGGCCAAGUACUACCGGACUCUGGAGGAUAUCGAGAAGAACUACAUGGGCCCCCUGCGGCUGGUGCUGAGCCCGGCAGACAUGGCGAGCGUGUUCAUCAAUCUGGAGGACCUCAUCAAGGUGCACCACAGCUUCCUGCGGGCCAUCGACGUGGCCAUGAUGGCGGGAGGUGGCACCCUGGCCAAGGUCUUCCUGGAGUUCAAGGAGAGGCUCCUGAUCUACGGGGAGUACUGCAGCCGCAUGGAGCACGCCCAGAGCACGCUGAACCAGCUGCUGGCCAGCCGCGAGGACUUCCGGCAGAAAGUGGAGGAGUGCACGCUGAAGGUGCAGGACGGCAAGUUCAAGCUGCAGGACCUGCUGGUGGUGCCCAUGCAGCGCGUGCUCAAGUACCACCUGCUGCUCAAGGAGCUCCUGAGCCACUCUACUGACCGGCCAGAGAGGCAGCAGCUCAAAGAAGCACUGGAAGCCAUGCAGGACUUGGCGAUGUACAUCAACGAGGUGAAGCGGGACAAGGAGACCCUGAAGAAGAUCAGCGAGUUCCAGAGCUCCAUUGAGAACCUGCAAGUGAAACUGGAGGAGUUUGGGAGGCCAAAGAUCGACGGCGAGUUGAAGGUCCGGUCCAUUGUCAACCACACCAAACAGGACAGGUACCUGUUCCUGUUUGACAAGGUGGUCAUCGUGUGCAAGAGGAAGGGCUACAGCUACGAGCUGAAGGAGGUCAUCGAGCUGCUCUUCCACAAGAUGACUGAUGACCCCACGCACAACAAGGACAUCAAGAAGUGGUCCUACGGCUUCUACCUGAUCCACCUGCAAGGCAAGCAGGGCUUCCAGUUCUUCUGCAAGACGGAGGACAUGAAGCGGCGGUGGAUGGAGCAGUUCGAGAUGGCCAUGUCCAACAUCCGGCCAGACAAAGCCAACGCCAACCACCACAGCUUCCAGAUGUACACGUUCGACAGGACCACCAGCUGCAAAGCCUGCCGGAUGUUCCUCCGGGGCACCUUCUACCAGGGCUACCUGUGCACCAGGUGUGGCGUCGGGGCCCACAAGGAGUGCCUGGAGGUGAUUCCCCCCUGCAAGAUCAGCUCUCCCACAGACCUGGACCCCUCUGGAGCAGGACCAGGUCCCAAGAUGGUGGCCGUGCAGAAUUACCACGGCAACCCCGCACCGCCCGGCAAGCCCGUGCUCACCUUCCAGACGGGCGAUGUAAUCGAGCUGCUGCGCGGCGACCCUGAGUCACAGUGGUGGGAGGGGCGGCUGGUGCAGACCAGGAAGUCUGGGUACUUUCCCAGCACGUCGGUAAAGCCCUGCCCGGUGGACGGAAGGCCGCCCAUCAGCCGGCCACCAUCGAGGGAGAUUGACUACACUGCCUACCCCUGGUUUGCAGGCAGCAUGGAGCGGCAGCAGACGGACACCUUGCUCAAGGGCCAUGCCAGCGGCACCUACCUCGUCCGGGAGCGGCCUGCGGAGGCUGAGCGCUUUGCCAUCAGCAUCAAGUUCAACGAUGAGGUGAAGCACAUCAAGGUGGUGGAGAAGGACGGCUGGGUUCACAUCACAGAGGCCAAGAAGUUCGAGAGCCUCUCGGAGCUGGUGGAGUACUACCAGAGCCACUCGCUCAAGGAGAGCUUCAAGCAGCUGGACACCACACUGAAGUACCCCUACAAGUCCCGGGAGCGCACUGUCCCCAGGGCCUCCAGCCGCUCCCCAGCGUCCUGUGCUUCCUACAACUUCUCUUUUCUCAGUCCUCAGGGCCUCAGCUUUGCCCCCCAGGGCCCUUCUGCCCCCUUCUGGUCAGUGUUCACACCCCGCGUCAUCGGCACGGCGGUGGCCAGGUACAACUUCGCCGCACGGGACAUGCGGGAGCUCUCGCUCCGGGAGGGCGACGUGGUGAAGAUCCACAGCCGCAUUGGCGGGGACCAGGGCUGGUGGAAGGGCGAGACGAACGGCCGGGUCGGCUGGUUUCCCUCAACCUACGUGGAAGAGGAGGGCAUCCAGUGACCACGGGGGCUCGGCAGCCUUGGCAGAUUGUCUCGGGAGAAUGUCCCCAGCCCUGAAGUCUUGUCUCUGGCUCCUCUGUGACUCCCAGGGGAGACGCCCACCAAGCUGCCUGUUGUCGACAGCCCGUAGGGGUGGGGAGGGCACUUGGAAUGCGACUCUUGGACUGUUUCCCUGCCGCCCGCCUGCCCUCGGGGACCUGCUGUGGGUGUGCUGCUUGUACAUAGAGGAAGCCUAGGCCAGCCCUGCCAGUGUGGAGCGGUGGCCAGUGCCAGCCGCAUGACAGACCAGGCCCUUAUGGCAGCGGAGGCCAGAGGCUCACCACGUGCCCCUCGGGGGGAGACGGUGCUCAGGCGCCUCGGAUUAGACAGUAGAUGAUGUCUGGGGGGCUGGGGACGUCAGAAGGGCAGGGGCCACCUCAGCCCCUGGACUCGGCCCCUUUUUCUGCUGCUCUCAGGGCUCCCGGCCCAGGGGAGCGAUGGGAACCAGAGCUGGGCAGUUUGCCGUGGUCCUGCUUGGCCACUGUGCUGGGUGCAGAGGGAGGGAGCUCGCGGGGCUCACAACCUGCUGGCUCCUGGGACUUCCCCCGGCUUCCCUGUUUCCCACCAGGGGCCUGCAGACCCCACAGGGCGGCCCCACUCUCAGGAGGGGCCAAGGGACAAUGGCACUGCCGACCCAACCCCAGUCAAUGGUACUGUUCUUGGCCUUGUAAGGGCCUCUCCCUGAACCUGCUGCCGGGCGACACGCCUUCUUUAGGCGCCUUGGGGCUUGGGGUUCCGUCUCCACGGUCUUGCCGCCCACCCACCUCCCCCUCUGUGUCCUGCACAGGGUGCCCUGGUUCUGCCAGCCUUUGCAAAUGGUCGGUUCUGGCCCAGGCCCGGUCUCCCUCCACGGGCCUCUGCCUGCGCAUAGGCCAUGGCAAAAACUGGACCUAAGUGCCCUUGGGUGGCUGUGCCCUUCACAUCCCCCUUGUCCUCCCUGAUAGCUCCUGCUGGCUCGGCCACAGCCCAUUCUCUGGCCUGAGGUGGCACGAGGCUGGGUGACUUUCCCUCUGGGCUCCAAGACAGAACUUCUGGGGCUUGUGGGUCUCCUUUGGCCCAUGUCCUGCUCACUGCAUGGCCCCAGGCAAAGCGGGUCUGACCCAGCCGGGGGAGGUCGUCCUGUGGGAAGCACACUGGCCCCAGGGUGCCUCACAUCAAGACAGGGCCUGCACACCAGCAGCCUGGGCAAGGGAGACGACAGGCAGGUGGGGGCAGCGGAGAUGGGCUCGGAGAGGGGGCGCGGGCCUUGGGGGCAGCACCCUGGCACCUCGAGCUGGCCCGGACGGCAGGGAGAGCGCAGCCCCCGAGGCUCACCAGUCGGGGCUUUCUGGUGGGUUUUCGUUCCCUUGUGUUUUUUUGUUCAGCCCGUUUUUGUUUCGUUUUGUUUUUAAGGGAAAAAGAUUGUGAUUAUUUCCUGCGCGUCUCCCACGCUCUGCAUAAGAAGGGAUUUAUCGCAGGGGUCGGGGAGGAAGACUUGUGCUCCUGGUGACACUCGCCGCCACGGUGGCAGAGAACACUGAAAAUCGCAGUCCGAGCCUGGGCUUUGUGAAUGUUUUGUUCUGUGUUUGUUUUGACCUUUGUGUUUGAUUUGGCUUUGUUUUUGCACUGUACCGAGCAGGGUGGUGGGAGACCGGGCUGUAGGUGUGUCGGCACAGGUGGCACCCUCCGGAGCCGAGAACCGGGCCCAGGUCAGCUGUGAACAUUCAGGGGCCCCUUGCAUGCGAGUCAGGGAUCCGGGGUCCGCUCGCCGCGACCCCAGCUGAAACACAAACUGUACAUUUGCCAAUUGGUUUUUUCAGACCAGUUUUUACUCCAAAUAAACCUAUGUUCUUUUCUGCUGGAA